CAUGUGGUGCAGGUGGGGCGCCGCGGCGAUUCGCUCGCACUUCGAUUCACGCCGGAAGAUACCACCGCCGACGUCGGGGAUAUGGUUCAAUUCCAAUUCUACCCGUUGAAUCACUCGGUUGCCGAAGCAACGUUCGAUAAACCGUGUGUCCCCGCCACUGACGACACCUCAGCACUCGGCAAUGCGUUCUGGUCUGGCUUCCAUCCGCUGCCGACGGACACAGAGAUCCUCGAUACGUUCACCGUCAACAUCACCUCCAUCGCCCCAAUCUUUUACUAUUGCUCGCAGGGCCGCCACUGCAUGCAGGGCUUCGUCGGCACCAUCAACGCCGGACCCGACCAGCUCGCUGCCUUCAAGGCUGCCGCC